AUGUCAGAGAAGAUAUGGUGGUGCUAUGUUGUUUUUGUGGCAGCAGUGCUAGCGUUGAGAUGCUGCGAGUCAAGCACAAACGAGGAGAGGGUUGAGAUGCUGAUGAGGAGUACCAACAUGGCGUGCGAUGAGAUAUAUGUGGUUCGUGAAGGAGAGACUCUGCAAACAAUAAGUGAAAAGUGUGGGGAUCCAUAUAUUGUUGAAGAGAAUCCUCAUAUUCAGGACCCGGAUGAUGUAUUCCCUGGCCUUGUUAUCAAAAUUAACCCUUUCAUGAACCGAUUUGUUUCUUGA